AUGAUGUACGCUCCAAUCCUCAGCCUGUGCGCGCUCCUCUCUGCAGUUCCACAUGCACUCGCAUGCCUGGGCUACGAGGGCGGCGUCCCCACGCCGACAUCGACCAAGACCAACUCGGCCGUCAUCGUGGUCGCCGCGGGCACCACCUUUGACGGCGGCUGGGCCAAGUACGACCGCGGCUCGGGAGCAUGCAACGACCAGGCGGAGGGCGGCGACGCCGACGCCGUGUUCCUCCUCAAGUCGGGCGCGACGCUCAAGAACGUCAUUAUCGGCAAGAACCAGGCCGAGGGCGUGCACUGUGACGGACCCUGCACGCUCGAGUUUGUCUGGUUCGAAGAUGUCUGCGAGGAUGCCAUUACUGUGGUUGGUGGACCCCAAGAAAUGAAACCCAGAAUAUCGACCAUGUUGUGUUCUAACCUCAUGUCCUCCAUACAGAAAAACGACAAGGCCGGCGAGCAUUCUUGGAUUAUCGGUGGUGGUGCUUAUCACGCCAGCGACAAGAUUGUCCAGCACAAUGGCUGUGGAACCGUCAACAUCAUCAACUUUUACGCAGAAGACUAUGGAAAACUGUACCGAUCAUGCGGAAACUGCAGCUCGCAGUGCAAGAGAAACGUCUAUGUCGAGGGUACCACUGCCCGUGAUGGUGGAGAAGUCGUUGGCAUCAACUCCAACUAUGGUGACACGGCGACUCUGAAGAAUGUCUGCACUGAUGCCUCGCACCCAUGCCAAAUGUACACCGGAUGUUCCAAUGGAUGUGAGCCGGUGAAAGCUGGCUACUGCUCGGGAUGA